AGCGCACGUGGGGUCAACAUGGCGGCGCCCUUUAGGUGCAUUUAUCGGCCACUAUGGAGAGUAAUAACAGGAUCAGGAAGGUUAACUGUGGGAAUGAGAAAUAUUUCUUUUACGGAGAAUCACUUUAGCGCGACAAAUCACAAAACGGCGAGUGUUGGGUCUCCGUGGACGCUACAUGGUGCAGUUUGCCUGCAGAGGCUGCCGGUGAUCUCUCAAGACAGAAACCCCAUAGAAGAGGAGUUCAGUGGGCUGAUGCAGCAGAUGGAGUUAGAGAGAAGUCUGCUUUCAGACCAUGAGUUGAGGCUCCUGGAGGACGCUGCACGUAUGAGUCGGAAACAGGAGGAAGACUAUGAUUCAGAUGAAGAGGAGGAUUAUGGAGACAAAGAAAUUGUUACAGCACAAGAUCUGGAGGAUGCAUGGGAACAGAAACUCAAACAGUUUCAUCCUGCUCAGAGGUCUAAUGGGGACAAGCUGGACGUGAGUUCAUCAGAGCGUUGUUUAGCAGACAGUCUGGUUUUACUGAUCAAACAAGAUGUUGGCAGUCAAAAGGUAUGGCUCCUGCCUCAGGUACAAUGGAAGGCUGGGGAGACUCUUCGACAGACAGCCGAACGGGCCCUCGCACAUCUACCAGCAGAUGUGAAGGCUACUUUCCUUGGCAAUGCACCUUGUGGAUUUUACAAAUACAAAUACCCAAAAGACAUUCAGAAAGAAGGCAGCGUUGGAGCCAAAGUGUUUUUCUUCAAAGCUGUGAUGUGUAGUCCCAACCAUUUACCCCUGGAGAAGAAUUCAUUUGCCUGGGUUAAAAAGGAUGAACUUAAGGACUUUCUGACACCAGAGUACCUGAAACAAGUUAAUCGCUUCAUUAUGAGUCUGUAAUAUAAGAAAUUGGUCUUGAAUAAAUGUUUUUUGGACCACACGUUCCAUCAGAGAACACAUGGUAUGUUUUUUCAUCAUCAGUGCUUGCUUUGAUCAUGUCAUGCCUAUGUACGUGUAUGUUUUCAUUAAUCUUGAUGUCAUAAAUGAAAAAAAAUUAAAGUAACAUUAAAAGUUCCAGUUUUUCACUUGAAUGUGAAAGUGAAGUGUGAUUUUAUGUUAAUUUUCGUAUUUUUCCACAAAAUGUAUAUUAGGUCAUAUAUUCACCCUCAUUUCAUUCAAAACCUGUUUAUAACGUUUCCUCUGUGGAACACAAAAGAAAAUAUUUUGAGAAGGUUUUGUCUCCAUACAGCAGAAGUCAUUUGGGUCCAAUGUCGUUUGGUCACCAACAUUCUUUAAAGUAUCUUCAUUUGUAUUCUGCAGAAUAAGGAAAGGCAUACAUGUUUGAAAUUACCCAAGUGUGGGAUGUUUUUGGAUAAACUACCCCUUUAAAUCUUAUUUCUGCAUUAAUAAACGCUAUGGCUUCUUCAAAAUAUUACGCCAAAUAAUCUCCACUGUCCUAAUAACAAAAAAGAGCAGUGCAAUUUCAGAACAUUGCCACUUGAGGGCAGUAGUUGGACAAAGAAUAGAGUAGACUUCACCCCCCCUUAAAAACAUCUUGUAUGAUUGGACAGGAUAUUUCUGUGUUGUCUAAUGUAAAUGCCUUGUACUUUGGUUUCUCUUGUGUACUUAUUUCUCCCUCUCUCGCUCAGCUGUCAAACAGUCAUUGACUUUUGUGCUGUGUUAGUGGAAAUGGGGAUUAGUAAAACUAUGAAUUAUUUAGGCACCUUUAUUAUGUAGGUCUGUAAAAUUGACUGUAGUCAGAGUCACUUUUGUCAGUAUUUUGGAGAUUUGGAGAAAUUACUUUGUGGUUCAUAAAUAGUACAGCUGUAGGAGCUGCAGUAAUAUGAUGGAUGACUUAUUUCAAGCACGUAUAAACCUAAAUAUGUCAGUUUUUUAAGC